AGCCCGUUGGCCCCGCGAAGCUCGACGCACCGCAGUUUAGCGCGACGCGCCGCAGUUUAGCGACGUCGCUUCUACCUCAGGCUUCCAAACUAAGCUUUCGCGGGAUCGACUUGGCUGUACCGCCUUCAUCCACACCGCGGCCCACCUGCGGUCGGUUGAAUCUGGGCCCUAUCCGGCCGCCGUAGCCGCCUCUCUGUAGUGGGCGGGGCCUAGGCCGGGGUGACCCCGCCGGAGCCGCCGCUGCCAGCGACAUGUUCAAGGUCUGAAGUGGGGCCUCAGAUUGUCCAUUUUUAACAAGCUCCUGGGUGAUGUGGAUGCUGCUGCUCUCCCAUCAUACUUUUAAUAGCAAGAACUGAGGCAAAUUGAUAGAUGAAUGGCUUCUUGUGUUCUCAAGUAAUUCAGAGGUCCGUGGGGCCAGCCAGCCUGAGUCUGCUCACCUUCAAAGUCUAUGCAUCGCAGAAAAAGGACUCGCCUCACAAAACUUCCGUGAGGGUUAAUGAGCUUUCACUCUACUCCGUUCCUGAGGGUCAAUCUAAAUAUGUGGAGGAGCCAAGGACUCAACUGGAAGAAAGCAUCUCACACCUCCGACAGUACUGUGAGCCAUAUACAAGUCGGUGUCAGGAAAUGUACUCCCAAACUGAGCCCAAGAUGCAAAGUUUGGUUCAGUGGGGGUUAGACAGCUAUGAAUAUCUCCAAAAUGCUCCUCCUGGAUUUUUUCCAAGACUUGGUGUUAUUGGGUUUGCUGGCAUUGUUGGACUCCUUUUGGCUAGAGGCUCAAAAAUAAAGAAGCUGGUGUAUCCACCUGGUUUCAUGGGAUUAGCUGCCUCUCUUUAUUAUCCACAACAAGCCAUCGUAUUUUUCCAGGUCAGUGGAGAGAAAUUAUAUGACUGGGGUUUACGAGGAUACAUAUUCGUCGAAGAUUUGUGGAAGGAGAACUUUCAAAAGCCCGGAAAUGUGAAGAAUUCACCCGGAAAUAAGUAGAAUGCUCCAUGUUCUGCCCAUUUUAAUCAGUUAUAGGUAAACAUUGGAAACUCCACACAAUAAACAGUAUUUCUACCGAAAAAUGGAAGAGAAGUCAGUAUUGAAUGUAGUAAACUGGCUUUCUUCUUCAGGAAAUAUGUACCAGGCCUCUUUGUUAUCUUGGGUGACGCCAUACUACAAAGGGACUAAUCUGAAAUCUUUUCACCUAGAGAUAAUGUACAAGCCUUAGAACUUCUUGUUCUCAUGUUGCUAUUUAUGUACAUAAUUAAAAUUCCAAGUAAAAAAAAAAAAAA